GACGAGAACUUGCGAUGAUUAUCCUCUGCUCGGCUUGGUGAACGAUGCAAACAUUUUGUACAAAACCAUCACUUAAAAUCCGCAGCCAAAUUGCCAAUUCUUUUGCGCUCAUUACCGCAACUGCGUCGCUGAAUCGAAUCGACCUCGCCCAGACGAACCAUGUUUGAAAACACCUGCACGCUUCCGCUUCACGCGGAUAUCUUCACCACUGCGCUGCACCCAACAGCACCUCUGCUGAGCGUUGGACUGUCCAAUGGCGUUGUCGAAACUUUUCGAUUGCCCCCGGGUAACUCUUCGGAUGAUAGCGUUGACGGAGACGCGAGCGUGCUGAGCGAUGGGAGAUCGACAAUUGACUCGGUCUGGCGCACCAAGAGACACAAGGGAAGCUGUCGCUGUCUAGCCAAUUCCCAUGAUGGACAAUACCAAUAUUCUGCUGGCACGGAUGCGAUGAUCAAGCACUACGACACCGAAACAGGCCGUGUGAUCUCGAAGCUUGCGAUCCCGACGAACACCUCCAAGCCUGAUGGCCCAGCGCUGCUCCACGUGCUCAACCCAAUGAAUCUCCUUCUGGCGACCGAUACUGGUGCUCUACAUAUCAUAGACUUACGUGAUGGCGCUGUGGGUAAAAAGCCGGCGCAAACACAUUACCCUCAUUCCGACUACGUCUCGUCCAUCAUGCCACUCCCGCCAUCAGAAGAAAGCACCAGCGGCUUCCCCAAGCAAUGGGUCAGCACGGGAGGAACAACUUUGGCUGUUACGGACGUACGACGAGGAGUCUUGGUGCGAAGCGAAGAUCAAGAAGAUGAGCUUCUAAGCUCUUGCUUCGUGCCUGGUCUGGGACCCAAGAAGAAUCGAAACAAUGGCGUUGUCGUUGUUGGGUCCGGAUCCGGCGUAUUGACCAUGUGGGACAAAGGGGCUUGGGAUGACCAGCAAGAGCGCAUCAUUGUAGAUCCGCCAAAGGCCGGCGGAGACAGCAUAGACGCAAUUGCGCUGAUACCUAAAGAACUGGGAGUGGGCAAGAAGGUUGUCUGCGGCGUUGGCGAUGGUAGCCUGAGAAUCGUCGAUCUGGUACGGAGAGAGGUGAAUACGUCGAUCAAUCUGCGGCACGACGACAUGGAGGGCGUGGUAUCGCUGGCAUUCGACUCGGAGAACCGUCUGAUCAGUGCUGGUGGUCGAACAGUCAAAGUCUGGGAGGAAUUAUCCGAACUUCAAGGCGACCAGAGCGAUAGCGAGAAUGAUGAUGAUGAUGAUGACGACGAGGAUGAUUCGGAUGAUGAAAAGGCAGCAAAUGGCAAGCGGGCUGCUGAAAGCGACAGCGACGACGAUAGCGACGACGGGGUUGAGGAGAUGAAGCAACGGGCUAAGAGACGAAAAGAAAUGCAGCAACACAAACUAGGUCCGAUGGGCGCCCAUGGAAUUAUGGGUUUUGACGGUUUGGAUUAAGAGCAGGUAUGUUACUGCUAGCGAGGAUAUACCAGAGACUUGUGAUGUACAAGAGGUUCGUGAUACCUCUGUUUGAGAUACUAUGGAGGUGUUCAAGAAGCAGGCAACUGAACACAUAGAUAAAGUUUUAUUAAUGAGGGCAUUCGCAUGGCCAAAGAGCAUUUUGAGG